CCCACAUCGGUCAACUCUUUCAACAGCCACCACACUCAAAAAAUUCGAGGAUUUUUAAUUACAGUUUUAGGGAAAUUCCAUUCCAAAAGCAAAGAUGAGUAAUUGUACAGUUGACAUUUGCCCCAUCAAUUACCCGUCACGUGUUGGUGUUGGCACGGGCAUGUGCAAAUGCAACCAUUGUUCCAGCCAAAAUUGGGUCAUCCGACUUUACGUUCGACAACCUCCCAGCCAUGAGAUUUUCAACCCCAACGGAUCAGCAUGAGCGACGGCAAUGGCAAUGGAAAAGGCAAAAGCCGUGCCCCUCCUCAAGAAGCAGAGGAGGCACCUUCUUCAAAUGAGCCUUCAAACUCACAAUCUCUGUCCUCACGAAUCACAGCCUCGGCAACAGGGCUGACACGAAGCGCCUUCACAGCACCGACCGCGAACGAGCUCAGAAAUCAGGCCACAACAGCUCUUACUAAUUCUGGCAAAGGACAGUCCAUUGGCAGUAAUAGUAAUGGCGGCUCUGCUUGGGCUGAAAGUUCAAAGACAGCCCAGCAAGCAAUUCAUGGUCAAGCAAGUGGCGUUGGAUCAGCUGGUCUGAGAACUGGACAUCAUGAACAGCAUAUCCAGCAAUCGGAAAAUGAAUUUUCUUCAUUUUUGGAUGCUAUCGAUUCUUUUACGCCUUCUGAGAAUCUUGGUGCCGCUCCAGGUAGAGGAUUAGAGGAUGUCUUGGAAGAGGAUGCCUGGGAGAGGUCUCAAUCUUCUCAUCUACACAAUUGGAGGGCGCCAGAGAGAACGGUGGCUGAACAAGAAGCUCGAGAUGGAGAGGAGGUUCUAGCCAUCUUGUCAUCUCCAGCGGGGUUAGAACAACUCGAAGCCCCACUCGAGGACCAGGAUGACGAUUGGGGACUUUCUCAAGAGCAACUCAUGCAAAUUCGAGCAAUGGCGAGGGAGAUUUUUCAUCCAGCGGAACCACAUGCCAGCGUUGCAACAGAUCACCCUCUAAAUUUGAGACCCAGUUUUGAAGGGGAGACGAUGGAAGCUAGGGAGCACUGGAGAGAACAAUGGGAGGGUGUGUUGACCAGAUAUACGGAUGAGGUUUGGGGAGGACUGCUACCGCUUGUCAAGCAGGCGAGACAAGAGAUAGAGGAAAUGGGGAGUGAAGGGUCUGUGAAGGAGAAACCGACAGCACUGAGGAGACUGGAAUCUAUCUUGGGCCAUCUUCAGAAACGAUAAGUCUUGUUAUUUCUACGGAUAUAACUCAAUCAAGUCUUAACAUCGCUCUGCGUGACAGCCGAGCAGCUGAGAAGUAGAUCAAUUUCCCAAGGUUUCAAAGUUGUUCACUGCUUUCUGUUCUUCUCAAUGAAGUAAUUCGCACCAAUGACUUGGAGGCCUUCCAUUUUAGCCCAAUCACGAACUCCAUGUCUCUCCUUUCCCGUACCCCAAUGCUGUCGGAUUUCCGGAGCUGUCAGAUUACUGCUGUCUCCUUCUAAGAGAAGGAAAACAUAUCGGUGAUAUUGUUGUCUCUAGGAGACUCU